GGCUGCGAGAUCCACGCGCGCGGCGCUCCCGUCUCGGCGCCUUUGAACGAAUCGCGAACUCUGCUGCUCACUGCGACGACAGCCAAAGGGGUUCUUCUUCUCUAACGUAUCGCUUCAACAAGUAAUAGUACUCGUACUAUUAUUGUAUACCUGCUGCGCAGAGUCCUCCUACGCUGCGAGGCCGGGCGGAGGCAUGGGCGCCGCGGAGUUUCGGUCGCCUACCCUGGCCCCUUCCCUGGGCUGACCCCGCGUGACCUGACCUCGGGUGACCUCGGGUGAGACGGCGUCGUGAGCUGACCCUGGAGCUUUGCCCUUGUGAGGCCGGCACCGUGAGGCCGGGCCCGCACCGCGAAGCUGCUACCGUCACAGUUCCCCAUCCUCGCGGCGCCCGGCCGUCAGCCGGAGCAUGACGCCGCCGGCGCCACGAGUGCCGCCGCCGCCACCGCAAACCAGCGCUACGGAGGGUCGUCACGCCACACGCCUGCCAGCAGGCGUCUGCCGGGUCGCUCCUCUCGCCUGGUGGCCCGCGGGGACAAGGCCGAAGGGAGGAUGGCGGUGGCAGCGGCGGUGGUGCCGGCGGCCGACUGGAACGGCCUCGCGCCGCGUGGAGAGGACGUGGAGGUGGACGAGGUGGACAAGCUCAAGUCGAAGCUGAUGGCCGCGUGGAACAACGUCAAGCACGGGUGGGUCGUAAAGACCAAAACCAGCUUCAGUCGCCACUCCCCCAUCUACCUGCUCGGAAAGCAGUACGACUGCUCCUCUGAAGUGGUGGACGUUCCUCGGAAGAUAUCGACCGGCUCCUCCUCCUGUCCAGACGCCGUGCCGGGCGGAGGAGGCGGUGGUAGCGCUCCGGCAGGGCUGGGACCAGCAUUCCGUGCGUUCCGGCGAGACUUCGCGUCGCGUAUCUGGAUGACGUACCGGCGCGAGUUCCCACAGCUGGGGAGCUCGGGCUGGACCACGGACACGGGCUGGGGGUGCAUGCUGCGCAGUGGACAGAUGCUGCUGGCGCAGGGCCUGCUGCACCACCUGCUGGGCCGAGACUGGCAGAGCGAGGAGGCUGUACAGCUACUGCACCAAGAUAGCGAGGCGCCCGGGCGGCUGUCCUCCAGCCCCGGCGAGCCCGACUACGUGAUGGUGGGGCGUGGAUUUCUGGACGACAGCAUCGCCUUGCGGCUAGCAGGCACCAGCUGGAUGGCCUCUACGGAGCAGACAGACACAUACCGGCAGAUCCUCGGCUGGUUCACGGAUGCGCCUGACUCGCCAUUUGGCAUCCACAAGCUGGUGGAGUUCGGCAAGAGCUCGGGCAAGCGUGCGGGCGACUGGUACGGCCCCGCCAUCGUCGCCCACAUCCUCAAGAAGGCGAUCGAAGAAGCCGAGCAGAAGCUCCUGCAGGACACGGUGGUGUACGUGGCCCAGGACUGCACAGUGUACACCGGCGACGUGCAGGAGCUGUGCCAACCGACAGCCGCAGGGAGCUCAGACAGCAGUGAAGCCCUGGGAUCGCGGGGCCCUCUAGACGUCAAGGCCGGUUGCUGCGGAGGAGGGGGUGGAGGGGAAUCGGCGGCGGUGAUGUCGCCGGUGCCCAGCGCGGAGUGGAAGGCGCUGUUCGUGCUCGUGCCGGUGCGGCUGGGAGGAGAGACGCUCAACCCAGUCUACGUCAGCUGCGUCAAGGUGGCAUUCCUGGAAAUGGACAACUGCAUCGGCAUCAUCGGAGGAAAACCAAAGCACUCACUCUACUUCAUUGGAUACCAAGAUGACCACGUCAUCUACCUGGACCCACACUACUGCCAGACCGCGGUGGAUGCUGCCCAGCCCGACUUCCCGGUUGAGUCGUUCCACUGUUGCUCACCACGGAAGACGGCGUUCACCAAGAUGGACCCGAGCUGCACGCUGGGCUUUUACUGCCGCACGAGGGACGACUUCCUCGCGUUCCGCGAUCGAGUCGUCAAGGUCCUCCGGCCGUCGGCGGGCGUUGGAGGAGGAGGCCUGCCACAGGAGAGCUACCCCAUCUUCAGUUUCAUGUCGGGGCGGAGCCGUGACGUGGAGGAUGAGGAGCCGAGGCCUGAGAGGCACGUGCGGCUCCACCCGGUGUGCCGUCGAGCCGCCCAGCGCAGCUCCUCCGAGGACUUCGUGCUGCUGUGACUUGGCAGCCCGCUAGUCUUUUCGGUGGAGUUAAGCCUGCUGUGUAACACCGCACCCAGUUAGUCCUCGAAGGAGUUAAACCUGCUGUAACGAUUGAUAAUUAUCAAUCACGGGAUGACAGAUUAUGAUCUGUCAUCCCGUGAUUCUUCUGCCGCUGUAGCACCGCCGCACCUCGUUAGUCGUCUCGGCGGAGUUAAGUCUGCUGUCAUCUCUCAUCCCCUAUUCUUCUCAGAGGAUGUAUCCGUGAUCACACCUCGUGAGACGUCUGAGAAGAAUGAGUAACCUUGCAUCCCUAGAUGCAGCUUUUACCAAGUGUCAUGCUGAUGGCACCCUGAACACGGUGAAGCUGCUUUGGGGACUGUGAUAUGCUGUAACUUCUCACUGCCAAGCGCAGCUUUGAAGACUUGAAUCCCGCCAUGGGCCUGCAAUCCGCAGGGCAGCUCCUGUACAGACUUGGUCCUUCUGCAGCUCCGUAUCCCUUGAACAUGAGGACUUUUUCCUGCCGUAACUUCCCACCAUCAUAAUCGCUGCCCUGCAGACUCUGUUUCCAUGUGACAUCACAUUCAAUCCCUUCUGUUUUACAACUGUUGCGUGUGACCUUCACUUCAAAACUCUUUUCAUAACUCUGAAAUCUCAGGCUUAUUUUAUUUAACCAUUUGAGAACUCGAGAGCAUGGUAAUAACGUUGAUGCUACCUUUAACGCUCAAGAACAUUUUAAUUUAAAAAAUGUACUUGUUGCCCAACAACAUGUACCUGAGGACAAAGGAGUGCUUGUUUUCCAAGUCGUUGUGAGACUUGUAAUCAGGGUGAUCUUCCUGUAAACAUGACAAAUCCAUUGCUUGCACCUAAUGCUGUUACAUUUUUCCAUCAGUAUUCGAGCAGGAAGCUGUGGUAAUCGGUGGUCGUUGGUUUAACGUGACACCUUUGAACCUAGCCCCAGGCACUUUGUACGUCCAGCUCCCAGCGUCCUGUACAUGAGGCCCUAUCCAAGCUCUAAGCUGUGCGCACGUGGUUUUGUAGCAUCAUUUUCUGACGUUUUGCACAUCACCAUCGUUUUAACUUUCGGAGAAUGAAUUUUGACAGUGCAAUUUUUUAUUCGCUUGUAAAUAUUGUCUCGAAAUGUAGCGAGGGAAAUGUUAAUGUAUUUUGUGACUGUGCUUGUGUGCACACAGGCGUACCACUGUGCCCGGGUGUACGUUGGUAUGUACGGACACACUGUCGAUUACACGUUGAAGCUCCCUUACACUGGACCAUGGUCUUUUUUAUUGCGUUUGUGCGGUCCUCACGGAUCAGAUGAAAUGUGCAUCGUGUUCGACACACGCUGCCCCUAUGUCUAUAAAGGAGUUUCCAAUGCCCUUGCUGCUGUCUAUACCAUUCAACCACGCUCGGGUUUACGCCCCAUGGUGUUGCCCAGAGCCAGCUAGAGUUCUUCUCCAGAGAUCAAUCCGGGAGGCAAGUUGUCACGCUGGUGACGUCCUCGCAUGAAUCUUGGCUGCCGCGUAGCCCAUCAGGUCGGGUCAUCGUGCCGGCUCCAGUCAACGCGUGCGGGCGGUGGCCAGCUUAUUGUUGUGACUGAGACUCAAACCAGAGGCAAACCUGGGUAGGCCGAGCAGCGGUCGCCGGGACUUCCACUGCCCGCUGGGCAGGAGGCUGUUUACUCGCGGGUAUCCCAACUCCAGUUCUUGCGACCCACCGCGCGAUGUUGCCUCUCCACGUUAACCACUCGCCGCGGUUCAAUUUCAGAUUGUCUCUGCACGACGCUACAUGCAACAGAUGGUUGGUAAACUCGUCCCAUGUAAGAACGCAGAUUAAAAUUAGGAUACAUUUUAAUCUGCAUUAUUUACGUCGCGUGAGAUGUGUUGACCAACAUAAGUCUCUCUAAAAACGCGCGUGUGUUACAUCACGGGGGACACGGACAUACACAACUCUCUUGUCUUAAUUGGAAUGGCCACUGUCACGUGGCACGUGUUUAACAAUCAUCGGGUGUGUACAGUGUGUAAUGACCUAAUUUGUAUUUAAACGAAGGUUGGUUACAGUGGGAGGGAGCGCCGGUGGUGGGUCGUUGGAAUUGGAGUCCGAGACACGCCGGACAGGGCAGCAGGGCGUCGUGAGUCAACACCGAUACAAAUGUUAAGCCGAUUUAAUUUCCGUUGAUGUUAAAUAUCUUUUAAGAUACGUUGUUGUCCAGAAGAGGAAUAUGGUUGCCUUCAUAAAAGAGUAUCUGAAG